AUGUUUGAUCGACCAGUUGCCGUCCCUGCACGGGGAGCAGGCUUUCUCUCUCUCCUCUCUACACAUGCUGAUCUUGUCAGAAAGGAAUGGCCUUCGCUUCCCGAGAAUGCACCGGGCAAGUGGACGAGUUGCUCUUUGCAACAGGCCGUUAGCAGCGAGUUCUCCUUUGACUCACUGAAGUCCUUGAAUGAAGAGGCUGCCAAGAUUGCCGCAGGUGAGUUCUCCAUCAGCCAAGCCGACGAGGCGGACACCAAGGAGGAGCUCCAGUCGGCUCUCCAGCAGAUCUGCCAGUGCUGCAAGGAGCAGGUUGUGACCUUCCAAUUUUGUGGAAGACGUCCUGAAAGUAGAGAGGUGGAGGCGACGGAAACGGCCAUUUUGUUUGUUUCGACAGGGGAUAAGACUGCGGGGGAAAGCUACUGGAACAGGUCGUGA